AUGGCCACGCAGACAGAAACCCUCCUCAUGGAGAGCACUACGGCAACGCCUCUGGCAGCAACUGCCGAAGCCACCAUUCAUACGCCAUCUUCGGCAGCAAGCGACAGGGUUUCGAUAGCCUCGCGUCUAGAGAAGAUUGCAGUAACGUUUCAGCUCUCGGGUGUCAACUUUGCCUGCAGCGCUACCAAUGGCUUGAUCAUCGUUGGCCUCCCCAAGAUGACGGCUGAUCUGCACAUCCCCGCCGCCCUCGCGUUUUGGCCCUCUUCGGUACAGGGUCUGGCUACAGCUUCAACGCUGCUCCUCGCAGGCGCUUUGGCCGAUGUGGUGGGCGCGAGGUCGGUAGAGCUAGUGGGGUGCAUUCUUAGUGGUGUCUUCAUGCUUGCGUGUGGCUUCGUGCAGCGUGGUGAAGAGCUCAUUGCGCUACGAGCCCUGCAGGGCGUUGCCUUGGCGCUGCACUUGUCAAGUUCGGUUGCGUUGGUGACCAAAACCCUUGCUCGGGGACGAGGUCGUAAUUUCUCUUUUGCUUGUCUUGGCUUGAGCCAACCUCUUGGAUUCUCCUUUGGUCUGGUACUUGGCGGCGUGCUUGUUGAGACGAUUGGUUGGCGGUCGGGAUGGUAUCUCUACGGGGGCAUUGUUCUGUUCUUGUCUGCCGUUGGCUUCUGGUCGUUGCCAAAAGCUGAACCCCUUGGAACGCUGUCAGAAGUUCUAGCUAGCGUGGCUAUCAAGGUUGACUGGCUGGGAACUUUGCUUGCUUCAGCUUUCAUGGCCCUGUUGUGCUAUUUCUUGGCUGUUAUCAGUACUGAUGUCUACCGUAUCAGAGAAGCCGGCAGUAUCGUACUUUUGUGCCUCAGCUUGUUGGCCUUGCCUCUGUUUGUGGCGUGGAUGCAUUUCCAAGUUAAAAAGGGGAAGCCGGCCUUGAUACCUAAUUCGUUCUGGCGCAACCACGCCUUCACCAGCAUAUGUGUCACAAUAGCCCUGUCAAACUCGGUUAUCAACUCAUUGGAGCUGUUCUCCAGUCUUUUCUUCCAAGAAAUCCAGCACCUGUCCGCCCUGAAUGCAGCGAUCCGGAUCUUACCGAGCGUUGUUGUCGGCAUAGCGUUGAACUUCACUACCGGUCUUGUCGUUCACAGGAUCCCAGCCAUCUGGCUCAUAGUCACUACCUCAGUUUUAACUGCUGUCUCACCUCUUCUCAUGGCAGUCACAGACCCGGCAUGGACGUACUGGACAACGGCUUUCCUUGCUCAGGUGCUCAUGCCAGUCUCGGCGGAUGUUUUGUUCACGGUUGGCUUGAUCGUCGUCACCGAGACAUUCCCCGAGGAUAAACAAGCCAUAGCUGGAUCUGUCUUUAAUGCCGCAUCACAGUUUGGGAAUGCCAUGGGCCUCGCUAUUAUGCAAGUUGUGUCUGCCCUAGUAACUAAGCAGAACUCAGGAAUGAAGGGCAACGACGCAUUACUAGAGGGAUACAAAGCAAGCUUCUGGGCUAUGUUUGGAUUCAUGAUCCUUUGUGCUUCGGUUGGGGGCGUGGGUCUUCGCCAUGCGGGCAGGGUUGGGUUGAAGCGCGAGUAA